AAGUUGCAAAUUUUGGUUCAAACUGGAAAAUCAAACCUUCUCUAUCUUUGGUUGGCUUUGGUUUUCUAGCUAAAUCAGUUCCUUUAAAAAUUUAAGAAUUGUUAUUUCAGUUAUUUGUUUUUCAGUUUAGUUCUUAAUGCCUCUUUGGUCUGGUUUCUGAUUCUUUGCAGUUCUUUUUUUCGGUUAGGGAUGAUUUGCUUCAGUUGAACCUCAUGUCACCUUAUCCCGUCUAUAGUGGAUUUGUAAAUUUAGAAUGAGUACUAUAAAAUAACCUUGUGAAUUGUGAUCUGUUGUCUGUAUGCAGGGCAUAUCUCCAGAAGUUUUCUUUGCUGGAGUUUGUUGUGGUGGCUUGAUCACCCUUCCACUACAGCUAGCUAUUGGAUUUCUGUUGAGGGAACGACCUAUGGUUGCCCUUGCCACUGUUGCCACAGUUGUGGGCAUUUGGACUGUAUUUCCAUAUGCUGUGGCUGCUUUAACAGCAUUAUUCUUUUACCUAAGAGGCCCCAAAUUUGGAAAACAGUAGAGCUAUCAACUUUACUUCUGCAGCAGUACCACAGCUAAAUUGUUUCCUGGGUGGUUUAGCAACAUCUGCUGAAAAACAUCUCCUUUUUGUAUUUUUUUUUUUGUUUAUAUGCUAGAUAUAAAGUUACAUGUUGUAUUUUUCUUGAGAAGGAAAACUUAGAUUUGUUUAAUAUAUGAGCCCGAAUGAAAGAUACUGUGCCAUAUUUGUUGAGUUCGAUUUUCUUAUCGUUGUAAAUAGGAAUAUUCAUUUUAAAGAUGAUUCAUUGUAACGAAAACAAUUGUGACUUGUGUUGGGCUGCAUGGUGCAUAUCGAAAUUUGGGCUAUAAGGUUUAUCAAAA